UAGCAGCAGCUAGCGUUCAAUGACUUCCUCAGACAACUUCGUACAACCAGCUAUUCCGCGCUUUGAUGGUCACUAUGACCAUUGGAGCAUGCUCAUGGAAAACUUCUUGAGGUCCAAGGAGUAUUGGAAUGUUGUUGAAUCUGGAGUAGCAGAACCAGCAACAGGAGCUACGGAAGCUCAGAAAACAGAAUUUGAAGUCUUAAAAUUGAAAGAUCUUAAGGCUAAAAAUUAUCUGUUUCAAGCUAUCGAUCGUUCCAUUUUAGAGACUAUUCUUUGCAAAGAAACCUCCAAGAAAAUUUGGGACUCCAUGAAGAAGAAGUAUCAAGGCAAUGUGAAGGCAAAAAGGGUACAACUCCAAGGACUCCGAACUGAAUUUGAGACUUUACGUAUGAAGUCAGGAAAGGCAGUUGCAGAUUUCUUUUCAAGAACUAUGGCAAUUGCAAGCAAGAUGAGAAUCCAUGGAGAGCAAAUGCAGGAUGUCACCAUUGUUGAGAAAAUCCUUCGAUCAAUGACACCGAAAUUUAAUUUUGUUGUCUGCUCUAUCGAAGAAUCGAAGGAUAUUGAUGAACUCUCCAUUGAUGAAUUGCAAGUUCUUUGUUAGUUCAUGAGCAGAAAAUCAUCCAGCAGGACAAAGAAGAGCACGCGCUGAAAGCAACCACAGAUAAUCCUUCUAAAACAAGUGGAGCUCGAGGUAGAGGCCGAGGUCGGAGUAGGGGGAAAGGAAGCUACAGUCGAGGUAAUCAACAGUACCAUUAGCAGAAUGAUGAUCAGUUUCAACACAGAGGAAGGAGACGUGGAGGACAUGACUCAACAACUCAGAAACCAAAGUCAAUAGACAAAACAAAUGUUGAGUGCUAUCGCUGCCAUAGGUAUGGUCAUUACCAAUCAGAAUGUCGAACAAAUUUAAAUAGACAGAGUGCAGAAGUAUCUAACUUUGCAAAGAAGGAAGAAGAAGUUUCUCUCUUGAUGGUGUGUUAUGCAAGUGAAGAAACUCGAGAAAAUCUGUGGUAUUUGGACACCGGGUGUAGCAACCACAUGCGCGGAGACAAGAAGGCAUUUUCUGAAUUGGAUGAAAGCUUCCGCAAUACCGUCAAGUUCGGUGAUAACUCUGUUGUAUCUGUCAUGGGAAAAGGCAAUGUCACUUUACAUGACAAAGAUAACUCUUUUCCCACAAUUUCUAAUGUGUUUUAUGUUCCAGAUUUAAAGACCAAUUUUACUUAGUAUUGGUCAACUACAAGAAAAGGGUUAUGAGAUAUCCAUUAAAAAUGGAUUAUGUCGAAUUGAAGAUUCAAGGCUGGGUUUGAUUGCUCAAGUUAGCAUGACAACAAAUCGUAUGUUUCCACUUCAGUUGCAGAGUUCGACAUCUUCCUGCUUCUCGGCUAACGUAACAGAUACAUCGUGGUUAUGGCAUUUUCGUUAUGGCCACUUGAGCUUUGGUGGCUUAAGCACUUUGCAACGAAAGAAUAUGGUCAGUGGCCUCCCUCAAAUUGCAGCUCCUUCUCAAGUAUGUGAGGAAUGUGCAGUUGGCAAGCAGCAACGUAAUCAAUUUCCUAAGGGAAAAUCAUGGAGAGCCAAAAAUGUGUUGGAGAUGGUGCAUUCUGAUCUUUGCGGCCCAAUUAAUCCAUCUUCAAAUGGAGGUAAAAGAUACAUAAUUACCUUCAUUGAUGAUUUUAGUCGGAAGACAUGGGUCUAUUUUUUGCAGGCCAAAUAUGAUGCUUUUGAAGCUUUCAAAAGCUUUAAAAUUAUGGUGGAGAAAGAAGCAGGAAGCCAAAUCAAAGUACUUCACACAGAUCGAGGCGGGGAAUACAAUUCACAAGAAUUUGCAAAUUUUUGUGAAAGCGAUGGCAUUAAAAGGCAACUGACAGCAGCCUAUACGCCCCAACAAAAUGGUGUCUGUGAGCGCAAAAAUCGUACUAUAAUGAAUAUGGUGCGCAGUCUCUUGACAAGAAGCAGUGUUCCAAAAUCUUUCUGGCCUGAAGCUGUUAACUAGAGCAUUCAUAUUUUGAAUAGAAGUCCUACAUUAUCUGUUCAAAAUAUGACACCGGAGGAAGCUUGGAAUGGUCGAAAGCCUAAUGUUGAUCAUUUCAGAAUUUUCGGGUGCAUUUGUUAUGCCCGCAUUCCAGAUCAAACAAGAACGAAGCUUGAUGACAAAGGUGAGAAAUGCAUUUUCCUUGGUGUUAGUGAUUGUUCUAAAGCUUACAAACUAUAUAAUCCUAUCACCAAGAAAAUUGUCAUUAAUCGAGACGUAAUAUUCGACGAAGAAAAUUUCUGGACAUGGAGUGAAUCUGGUUCUCAACGACAAAUUCUAGCAGACUUUGAUGGGCAAGAUGAAGCUGAAAAUCAACAUAAUACUGUGGUAGUGCAGCAACCAAUCACUGCUCAAGAUGAACAAGUAGUGACUCAAGUCUCAACGGCAGUUGCAAGAGAACCAAGAAGCAUAAAAAGACCAAUAUGGAUGGAUGAUUAUGAAGUAACGGGAAUUGGUCAAUCUGAGGAACCAGUUGUUCAUUUUGCUCUUUUUGCAGAUUGUGAUCCUGUAACCUGUGAAGAAGCAGUAAAGCAAUCAAAAUGGAGAAAAGCUAUGGAUGAAGAGCUUGCAGCUAUUGAAAGAAAUAACACAUGGAAGCUGACUGAGCUUCCGAAAGGUCAGAAAACAAUCGAUGUGAAGUGGAUUUUUAAGACCAAGUUGAAAGAAAAUGGUGAGGUGGACAAGUAUAAAGCUCGCUUGGUGGCAAAAGGUUACGAGCAAGAAUUUGGUGUAGAUUAUGAAGAAGUGUUCGCUCCAGUAGCAAGACAUGAUACAAUCAGAUUAUUGAUUGCAUUGGCAGCACAAAAUUCGUGACCCAUUUUCCAGUUGGAUGUCAAGUCGGCUUUCUUGCACGGAGACUUGAAAGAACAGGUAUUUGUUGAACAACCUCCUGGUUAUGUUAAAGUUGGAGAUGAAUUCAAAGUGUAUCAGCUAAAAAAGGCUUUAUACAGACUUAAACAAGCCCCACGAGCUUGGUAUAGUCGCAUUGAAGCCUAUUUUUUGAAGGAAGGUUUUUCUAAAUGCCCAUAUGAGCAUACUCUGUUUGUUAAAGUUGAAGGAGGAAAGAUGCUUGUUGUGUCCUUAUAUGUAGACGACUUUAUAUAUACUGGAAAUGAUGCUGCUAUGUUUGAAAAAUUGAAGUAAUCCAUGAUGCUUGAAUUUGAUAUGUCUGAUCUUGGAAUGAUGCACUAUUUUCUUGGCAUUGAAGUGGUGCAAUCUGCUGCUGGUAUUUUUAUUACUCAAAGAAGGUAUGCUCGAGAAAUCCUUGACAGGUUUGGAAUGAAGAACUGUAAUCUUGCUGAAACUCCAACUGAAGCUGGUCUUCAACUUGUGAAAUAUCCAGAAGAAGGGAGGAAAGUGGACAACAGAGUGUUCAAACAAAUCGUGGGAAGUCUGAUGUAUUUGACUACUACUAGACCUGACAUAAUGUAUUCUGUCAGCCUUGUUAGUAGGUAUAUGGAAUGCCCUCAGGAGAUUCAUCUUGCAGCUGCCAAAUGAAUUCUCCGUUACGUGCAGGGAACAAUUGAUUGUGGAGUGUUUUACAAGAGAGGAAACAAAUAUGAUUUUUUGGGUUUUACAAAUAGUGAUUAUGCCCGAGACAAAGAUAACAGAAAAAGUACUUCGGGAUAUGUGUUCAUGUUGGGUUCUGGAGCUGUUGCUUAGUCUUCUAAAAAGCAAUCUGUUGUCACUUUAUCAACCACUGAGGCAGAAUUUGUAUUUGCUACAACUUGUGCCUGUCAAGCUAUAUGGUUCAGAAGGAUACUUGAGGAGCUGCAGUUCAAGCAAAGAGGACCAACUGCAAUUUAUUGUGACAACACAUCAACGAUCAAACUCUCCAAAAAUCCCGUGUUUCAUGGCAGGAGCAAACACAUAGAUGUUAGGUUUCAUUUCUUAAGGGAUCUCACAAAAGAUGAAGUCAUUGAAGUUCUCUACUGUAAGAGUGAGAAUCAAAUUGCUGAUAUAAUGACAAAGCCUUUGAAAUUAUGCACAUUCCAGAAACUCAGGAAGUUGCUUGGUGUUUGUAACUAUUUCAAUUAAACUGAAAGCAUUCAGUUUAAGGGAGUGAUUGUUAGAAAUUUGUUUUCCAGUAUUUGUUUGAUUUAGUCAAAUAAAAGUAGUUUAAAUGGAGUCAAUAUGUAUCCUGAUUUUUAGCUUGAAGUUACAGCUUUUAGUGGUCUGUUAACAUGAUAUUUGUUAGCCUAUUUUUUAGCUAUUUCAGUUUGUGUACAGCUCUAUAAGAGAGCCUUCAUGUUGAUCAAUAAACAGUGAGAAAAUUUCAGUUC